ACCUGUCGGAAUUGUCCUUGGGGAACAUUGCCUAACGACAAAAAACCGAGUGCAUAGACAUCCAAGAAGAGUUUUUAUACUUUACGAACCCUUGGGCAAUUGGAACAAUGGGUUUUGCUGGCCUUGGCAUUCUUUUAAGUGUAUUCAUGGCUUUGGUGUUCUGGGCUUAUGGUGAUACACCAAUUAUUAAAGCUGCUGGUCGAGAACUCAGCUACCUUUUGCUGUUUGGUAUCUUCCUUUCUUACACCAUGACUUUUGUUAUUGUGGCUAAACCAACGCCCUGGACCUGUGGUCUCACGCGCUUCUUCUUGGGGUUCUGUUACACACUUUGCUACGCCUCUAUUGUGACAAAGACUAACCGAAUUGCUCGGAUAUUUACUCAACGUAGACAAAAACCGUGUCGAAAACCUCGCUACACCAGUCCACGUUCUCAGCUAGUCAUCACCGCCAUUUUGGUUUCUAUUGAAGUUAUCAUUACUACCCUUUGGCUGCUAUACGAUCGACCAACAGUAAGUCAUAUCCAUCCAACUCGCCAAGAAAACAUCCUCAUCUGCCGUGGUUCUGACAAGGCCUCUUAUCUAAUUGGUCUCAUUUAUCCCUUUGUACUCAUCGGUUUCUGUACCGUCUACGCUUUCAAAACCAGAAAAUGCCCAGAUGGAUUCAACGAAGCCCGUUAUUUGACGUUUACGAACUAUACUACCUGUGUUAUCUGGCUGGCGUUCUUGCCACUGUUCGUUCUUAGCACCAGCACUACCAUCAGGGCAGUCACUCUCAGCUUCUUGUUCAGUUUGAGCGGUAGCGUCCAGCUGGCUUGCCUCUUUGCUCCCAAGGUUUACAUUGCUCUGCUGAAGCCGGAGAAGAACACCAAAGAAAACGUCAUGUAUCAUCACAACAGAACAACUAGCCUCGGUCAAAGUUCAUCAUUUGGGCCAUCCACACCAACGCUCUUUGAUAAUGGUGGUUAUUCCACCAUCAAUAACCCAGGCUCCUUCAACAAAAAGUUUUCCUUGCAAAAUACCCUGCACCUGCCAGUGUCCUCAUCAUCACUUUUGAAUGUGCCAAACCUGGCACUGUUCAUUCAAGAGGAAUCGAAUCACAAGCCAAGCAGCACCGCAGCGCCAUCUUGUAAGGAUACUGGCGAUGUUAUGAUCAUGAAUAACAAAACGCUGUAGCCUCACGCGUUCAAACAGAAGAUCAACACUUGGAUCACAAGGGACCAAUGACUGAAAAAUAAAACAAAGUGUACUGAGUUCCAUCUAGUGGUAUAAAACACGUUUUUAAGUACAACAAGCAUUUAAGAAAGGAUUCUGAUAUACCCUUAAAAAUUAUAAUUUUCUUGUCAUUGGAAGUUCAUUAAUUAUGCUGUUAAUGCAGUAAAAUACAAUAGAAAAUCAUAUGGUAGUUAAUACGUACAUACAACUGUCUUUACGUUUAAAUACAGAGUUUUCUACUUGCGUGAUGUCUGUGUAUACCGUAAGUUGUGUAUAUGUAGUAUCUUUAAAAGUCAACGAUAACUUCUAGAGACAGUUAGGGCUAACGAAUCAUUUUUCAUAUUCAUUAAUCAGGUUAUGUUAUAAAAGCACGCAUGAUUGUUUAUGAUUUUCAAUCUACAAAAAAACACGUUAUUUAUUGUCGAACCCUUAUUGGAUCGUGUUUAUUUUUGUAUAUUUUGAAAUCCCGCCUUUUUUAUCAACGCUGAUUUUAUUGUCCUUUUAAUAUAACUAUUGUUUGAUACAAAGAAAUGUUUAGGUUGAAAUAGUUUCGGCUGUAUUUAUUAUCUCUUUAUAUCUUUUACUGUGCUUUACUGUGUUAUA